AGCGUGCGUUGGCCCAGAAGGUGGUGGAGAACAGUCCACCAGAAAGGACCCCUCGAAUCAACUCAGCCCUUCAGCCAAGACGUCUCUGUUGAAACAGGAUUGGCAAGAAGAGCAGCAUGUGACGUCUCCACCUCAUGUUGCACAAGAAGCCACAGAGGAUGGCAAACAACCUAAAAUGGUUUUCUCAUCCAGUUCUUUGCAUCAUUGUGAUAAAAAAAGCGAUUCUUCCUCCUCAAGCUCUUCCAGUAAAUCUAGGGGGAUCAGAUGUGUUAGAUUCAACCAUAAGAAAGUUUGAUGAUCUUUUGUCGGACAAGCUUGAGGAAGAACACCUCACAGUGUCCAACAGUGUCUCUCUAGACCUUGAAUCAUGGAAUGCUACUCGAGAAGCUGCAAGAAGGAAGGGUAAAAAGGAAGUUACAGAGAGACAAGAUUUUGGUUUACUUGCCUCAGAGACAAAGGACAUAGUGAAUUCACAGCCUGCAGAACAGAAAGAUGUUGCAAUUAGCAACACUGAUGAGAUUUCUUCAAAUGGAAUUUCUCAGAUGUCACCAACAUUUAAGAAAGCAAAUACAGAAAUACAUGAUGCUUUCGCAGAUGUUCAUAGCAACUCAGUGACACAAGACUUGCACCAAGAGUCACAGGUAACAAAAGAAGAUGAUGCCAAAGAUAUUAUCUACAGAGUUGUGAAGGUAGAAAUACAUCAGUGUCCUGAAACACUAAGUGAUUUGACACUUCAAAGAACAGUCAAAACAGAUGAGCCACAACAAAAAAUGUCAUCUCUAGGUGAUGGAGAUGCCAAAGAUUAUCCUGAUCAAAAAAUUUCAACAAUAAUAAAUGAUAAAAAAGAUCAAGAUGUUGACUCAAAUGAGCUUGAAGCUGUCUCAGAGCAACUUUAUGAACAGCAUGCUUCAGCUUUAGUGGAGAGUGUUCUGAAGCAUGCGUUGAGCGAUGUAGCCUCUAAAAAGACCAAAGAUGUGAACAAUGUUGAUACUUCUCUUGCUUCACCUUCUCUGCCAGAAGAGGAACCUCCACCUCUGCCGGGUGCUCCACCUCCCCCACUCAUUUUGCGAGAUCCAGCAAAUGUUCUCAUCACUGCAGCAGAUUUAGAAGAAAUACUCCAGUCAUCCAACAGUGAACAGAUACCACUAUCAGAGGUGGACAGAGACUUCACAGAGUUUGACAGAUCUCCUCGGUCUAAUCAGCCAGUAAGUGAUACCUGUCUGAGGACUCAGGUGUGCUAGAUGAGGAGGAUUCACCACACAAGCAAUGUGGA